AUGAUCGGAUAUGCAGAGUAGAUGACCCCUACUGAUUUUGGGGUCACUCGAUCAAAGGUCAAGGUCACAGGGGCCUGAACAUGGAAAACCAUUUCCAAUUCAUAACUUGAGAACUUCUAGGCCCAGAAUGUUGAAACUUAGUGGGAUGAUUGGACAUGCCAGGUAGAUGAUCUUUAUUGCAGCCAACCAUCAGUGUCUCUUUGACUUUCGCUCCUGUCCUCUAUUGACUUUUUGCCUAUACGAAUAUGCAUUGGGGGAGGCAUGCGCUUUUCUACAAAAGCAUCUUGUAGUUUUCAAAUUAUUUUUUUUUUUUACUUUUUAGGGUUUUUGCUACUGUAUUUUACAACAGUGUUACUACUUUGUCAACAUUCAUGUGUAUUUCAGUAAGCAGACAACACUUACUUAUAUCAUGAAGAAUUAUUAAGCUGCCAUCCCACAUUAUCCAACAAAAUUCUUUAUAUAUUUAUUGUUAAUUUUCAUUUUUUUCCCAGUUUCGACAAUUUGCAGAGAUAUUUUCCAAAUUCAAUCAGUGAAGGGGACUUUCCGGAAAUGAUGAAAAGAAAGGCCAGUGUUGUUACCAGAGUCAAGUGGACACUUUCUCUGCAGCAUUUUGAAGAGUGUGGACAAGGGUCUUCCAGACUUUUCCUUUUAUGCCCCCUGCUAGCAUUUACCAUACUGACUAAGAUGGAAAGCCCCUACAUCCAAUUUCUACUGGGAAAAUCCAUAUCUUCCAGCCUCCUCCCUACAUAUGUCUGCCAGGUUUUUAUACUUCGCCAUCUUCAGUUCAUGUAUGCUUUGUCAAUUCCCUCCACCCAGGGCUCAGUGAACUCUACAAGGAUACCCCGCUAUGGAGAUUUAAACCAUGUCACCAGAUCUGUCUGGAGUUCUAAGCUGGGAGCUUUGUUUGGGAUGGACAAAGCAGGGCACCAAGGAGGGAAUGAAUCACUGACUUACACAGCCCCUAAACAACCAAAGAAAAAGGAAUCAACACCAGCAGGGAAAGGAGGGGCACCAGCAGUGAUUUUUGCUGUAGCUGUGAAUGCCUACAAAUAUGUGGAUAACAAGUAUGCAAGUCAGGGAAAGCUUGGAGCUGCCAUUUUAGCUAAUCAUGUGUCUAGUGAGUACUCGGUAUUGAUGUACGUGUCCCAGCAACAGAAGAUAACCACUGCAAAAAUAACCUCAGCUUUCGCAUACACUAUUCAAGCCAAUAAUUACGCCAACUUUUAUGAUGAUGUAAGACAAAGCUGGUCUUUGUUGUUUGAAAAUGAGCAGAAUGCUACAGACUUUGCUAAAUAUGUUUGUCUAGCCAAAGCGUUGUCAACGGGAGCUACCCCUACAGGUCUUGUCACACAGGACCUUAUGGCCGGAGAGGGCGGUGCCCUUCAGACAGGUGACUCAGUGGAGGUGAAAUACACAGGGAAGUUAUUGACAAACAAUACUUUUGGUCAGGUGUUUGACUCCAAUGUGAAUGCUGACAAAUUGUUUCGAUUUAAACUAGGUGCUGGAAAAGUUAUAAAGGCUUGGGAUACAGGAGUUGUUGGAAUGAAGAAAGGAGGGAAACGCUUCCUUGUGGCACCACCUAAUCUAGCAUAUGGUAGUCAAGGAAUGUCAGACAGAAUUCCAGCAAAUGCAACACUGUUGUUUGAAAUAGAAAUUGUUAGGGUGAAGCUAGUUGGUAGAGAGUCCUCACCCACUCCAGCUCAGCCCCCACCUCAGCCGAUGCAAGCCCCACCACCUGCAACAACACACGCAGGUACAGGGGAUGCUGAUGAUUUUGAUGAUGAUUCUACUGUCAAAGAAAGGACAAAAUCUAUAACAGAGCAGUUAACCCAUUCACCACCCCCGGAUACAAGUAAAGCCAAACUGAUCUCUCGUAUGGCUAAGAUGGGCAAGCCAAUGUUACCAUUAUCGGGGGCUGUAGCUGCUCACCCUGACAGUGAAGAUGAACAUGUUCCUGAGUCCCCAGUGCCAGUAGCCUCUGAACCAGUAAGAAAAGAAGUUCACAGACCAGUACCAAAAGUUGCUGCCCCUACCGCAGUUCCUCAUCCUAGUCAGCCACAACAAGUGUUCCAGCAGACGUCUAUACAAAGUCAGGUUCCUACGCAACCUGCAUUCUUACAAAAUAUACCUGGUGCUCAACAAAUGGCAGUAUUUCAACCUCAACAAAAUUUCCUACAGCAGCAGCAACAACAGGCCAGCAUGAUGCAGUCUGGGUUCCAGUCUCAGAUUUUUCCAAACCAGUCACAGCAGGCUGUUCCAGGUAUGUCUCAAGGUACAGAUAUGAUGUUGCUGUCAGAAACGAGGCAACAGAACACAGAGGUUAGGUUGUCUCUGUCAAAGAUGUCAGAUAAAGUGGAUCAAGUUCUACAAAAGAUUGAUCAAGCUCAUUCUCAAACCAGUGGAACAGCCAUGUUACCAAAUAUGGAAACUUCAUUAUUACUGCAUAAUAUCACCAGAAUUGUUCAGGAAAAUGAAAGACUGAAAAAAGAUGUGUUUGAAAAGAGUGGUAAAAUAGAGUCACAAAAUGAGAAAAUAUCUGAAUUAUUACAACGAAAUCAAAGUUUUGUAGAGAAGAGUCAGGUGCUAAUGGAACAAAGAAAUGAAGGUCUUCUCUCCAGUGCCAAUCAAACACAACACAAGGUGCUCUCCCUUGAACAAGAAAAGGUUGAGCUAACGAAACAGCUAUCAGAAGCAACGUCCCAAAUAAGUGCCUUACAGCUUGAGGUCUCUGCCUUAAAGAAGAAAGAGUUUGAUUUGUCACAACAAUUAGAAAGUGGCGGGAAAAGUUCCAGACGGCAGAGUGAAGAGCUUGAAAAUCUAAAAACUCAGCAUGCUGAGGAUGAGAGUGUGAUAACAGAUCUACAGAGACAGCUAAAGGAGGAGAAACACUCAAGAAAAUCUGUAGAAAGUUCAUUAUCACAGUUACAGGAAGAAAUGUCUGACCUACAGGAAGCAAAGAGAGCUUUAGAGAAGAAUGUGUCUGAUAGAAAGCGGAAGGCAGCUGAAGAGAGGAGACAGUUAGAAGAUGAAAUGGAGGAUGUGAAAGCAAAUUUUGAGGCUGAGAUACAGUCACUGAAGGAGAAAUUGAGAAAACAGAAAACAUCUGUCAAUGCUGCUAGUCAAGAACAGAUAUCUCAGUUAGAAGAGGAGAUCAACAAAGACUGGCAGGGGAAGAGUGAUAGACUGUUGGCAGUGGCAGCUGAGAAACACAAUAGGGCCUUACAGAACAUUGUAGAGGAAAAGCAAGAACUAGAAACCAAGGUUGAGCAGCUUGAAAACAGGAUACAGUCUAUGAGAAAUAAUAACCAGGGCAGUGAAGAGAAACUUCAGGAUCUACAGGAACAAGUAGAACAACUUUCUAUAUGGAAAGAAAAGUAUGAGUCAUUGCGUAACAAUGCAACUACAAUGAAGGAGAGGUACGAAGAGCAUAUUGAGGAGAUAGAAACACAGCGGGACCAUCUUAGUGAACAAUUAGAGAAUGUACAGUCGGAACUGAAGUCUGUCAGAACAGAAGGUUCAGGUUCAACUUUGGCAGCUUCUGCAGGGACAGGGAACUUACUAGAGGAAGUAAAGAAAAUAAUGAACACUGUGUAUAAAGAGAUGAGAGAUACAUUUGAGUCGGAAGAGAAAUACACUGGAAGUGAAAUACUUGCUGUAAUACUCAAUUCUAUAAAGAGCACUACUUUAUCAUUGAUGAAGAGAACCCAGGAAAAUAAAGAAGAUAAAGAGAGUGAAGAGGAAGAAGAAGAAAGCGAAGAAGAAGAGGAGGAAGAAGAGUCAGAUGGGGUAGAAGAUGAUGAAAGUACAGAACCAGUAAAGGAAACAGUUGAAGAGAAAAUUGAACAAAAAACUGAAACUCAAGUAGAAGUGCCAGAGAUAAAUAAUACUCAAUCUGACAUAGUAGGAAAAUCUACUGUAGAAAAUUCAAGCGAAAAUCAUGUUAUAGAAGAUGAUGAAAAGAGUUACCAGGAUGAACUAGAUAAUGAAAUAGAGAAUGUGGAAGAAGGAAAUGAAGAAACUAGUAAAAAUGUUGAUGUUAAAGAAGAAUUAGAGGAUGAAUUAAGUGAUAAAGAUACUCAGGAGGUUGAAAAUGAACAAAAAGAUGAGGGAAAAACUGUGAUAGAGAAUCCCUCUGCUGGAGACUCAAACUUGAAGAAGGCUGGAUCACUGGAAGAUUUACUAGAUUCAGCAUUGGAAAGCAAGACAGCUAAAGGUCCAGAGCGUGUGCCAACUCCGAUAGUCAGUACUGAACCCCCGCCACUCUCUGAUGAUAGUAGUGAAGAACAGGGGACAGAGAAAGAUAGAACAAAAUCGAUAUUUGAUGAUGAUGACGAUGAUGAUAAUGUAGCAGAAACUUUAGGCAUUACAAAUAAACCAGUAGUAAAUGGCGACCCAGUCAAGAAGUCAGCAGAGAAGCAGUCUACAAAUGAGGAGGAUAUGAAGCCAAAGCCACCCCCACCAUUGUUUGGAGAUGACGAUGAUGACGAUGACUUAGACUGGCUUAGUUAACCCGUACCUUCAAAAAUAGGAUUUAUAUGAAAUUGAAUAUUUAAACAGAAGAGACUGUUUGCAGUAGAAAAUGUGAUAAAUAUCACAUGAAAAGUAUGAAACUGUUUUAUUGUAAUAUUUGAUGUAAUGUAUAUUAUUUAAGUUUGAACAAAUACAGUUAAAACAUGAUAUCCUGUACUUUGAUAAGUGUUACAUUAUUUUACCAGUAACUAAAUAUCAGAAAUCAAGAGUUUUAUAUGCCAUUUUGCCUGUGUCACUAAGAGAAUUCUGAAAUGUUGGAUUUCUAGUGGAUCCAGAUUACAGAUACUUGGCUGAUAAAUGUCUGCUUAGGCAGACAAGAUAAUUACUUUCUGAACUGGCAUGAAGACCUUGAAAAUCAAAUAAUUUAAAAAGUCAGUUUGUACUAGCUUUACAGUGUGUAACUGUGUUUUUAGCGAAUUGCAGCGUAAUAUUUCACAAGAUCCAGAUACAAGUAAAAGACAUCAGAGGUGUUAGUAGAUCUAGGAAUUUUUUAAGACACCUUUUAUAGUUGCUGUAUCAGUUUUACAGGCAAGAUAUAUAUAAUUCUCCCUGAUUAAAAUCCUGGCGAAAUUUUAAAUGAAACUUUUGCUUUCAUACAUGCUACCCUGGAUUUUUUUUUUUAACAAUCUUAAUUUACCGUGGAAAUUUUAUACCUUUUUGGUGUCCAGUUUAGCUAAAAGUUAUAAAUGGAAAAUACACUAUCAAAAUUGCUGUUUGAUGAUGAAUUCAAAAGUAAUAAAGAUAUUUCAAAAAUUUAAAAUUUCCUUAAACCACCUUUUCGGCGUUUAGAAUGCUGUAUGAUAAAGACCCUUAUUAUAAGAAACAUGGAUCAAACUGCAGGUUUAGGUACAUUAUGUUGAUAAUGGCUAGGUUGGCUGCUCUUUAGCUCGCCAGAGCACAAAGUGUGCAAGGUGAGCUUUUGUGAACACCCUCUGUCCGUCGUCCUCCGUCGUCAACAAUUUGACACUCUAGAGGUCACAAUUUUGGCCCAAUCUUAAUGAAACUGGUCAGACUGUUUGGUAUCAUUGAGUCUUAUAUGAUUUUGACUCUGGGUCAUGUAGAAUCAAAACUAAGUCACUUGGUAAAAUCAAAGGAAAAGCUUGUUUAUACUCUAGAGGCCACUUUUUUGCUUCAGUCUUCACAAAACUUUGUCAGAAUGUUAGUUUUCAUGAAAUCAUGCGCGAAUUUUAAUCUGGGUCAUGUGUAAUAAAAAACUAGGUCACUAGGUCAAAUGAAAGAAAAUGCUUGUUUCCACUCGGGCCACAGUUUUGGUCCAAUCUUAAUGCAGAAGAAGAAGAAUGAAAAUUGGUCAGAAUAUUUGUCUCAAUGAAAUUUCGGACAGGUUAAAAAUUAAGUUUGGUUGGGUAAGAAACUAGGUUACUAGACCAAAUAGAAGAAAAAACACUAGAGGCCGCAUUUUUGCUCCAAUCUUCAUGAAGCUUGGUCAGAAUAUUUAUCUUUUUGAAAACUCAGACAAGUUUAAAACUUUCUCAUGUGGUGUCAAAAACUGGGUCACUUGGUCAAACAUGUUUGUUAUGGUGUGUUACCCUGGUGAGCAACUUAGGGCCAUCAUGGCCCUCUUGUUUAUUAACUUGUUACACUUACCUUAACCUAUUCCGUGCUGAAUUUUUAAAAUGGACUGGUCCAUCAUUCGGUUUGGGCAGUACCACUUAUUAUUCAAAGGGGUGUUCACUGAAAAUUUACUGACUGAAUAGUAAACAGUGCCGACCAUGAUCAGCCGGAUGUGCAGGCUGAUCUUGGUCUGCACUGGUCGCAAAGGCAAAAUCACUUGCCACAAGCAGACUAAAGGUUAAUUUCAGACUAUAAAUAUGUUCUCCAGUUUACAGAGGAUUCUUUAGUAAUUUUAGCUCACCUGAGCCAAAGGCUCAGGGUGAGCUAUUGUGAUCGCUCACCGUCGGGCGUCAGUCCGGCGUCCGUCCGUCCACACUUUCCUUUAAACAACAUCUCCUCCUAAACAAUCAGGCCAAUUUUAAUGAAACUUCACAGGGAUGUUUCUUGGAUGGUCUUCUUUAAAAAGUGUUCAAAGAAUUGAAUUCCAUAUAGAACCCUGGUUGCCAUGGCAACCAAAACGAAAAACUUUAAAAAUCUUCUUGUCCAAAACCACAGGUCAUAGGGCUUUUAUUAUGCCCCCCUUCGAAGAAGGAGGUGUAUAUUGUUUUGCAGAUGUCGGUCGGUCGGUCGGAAUGUAGACCAAUCUGUUUCCGGAUUAUAACUCAAGAACGCUUGGGCCUAGGAUCAUGAAAGUUGAUAGGGAGGUUGGUCAUCACCAGCAGAUGACCCCUAUUGAUUUUGAGAUCAGUAUGUCAAAGGUCAAGGCCACAGUGACCCUGAACAGUUAAACGGUUUCCGGAUGAUAACUCAAGAACGCUUGGGCCUAGGAUCAUCAAAGAUGAUAGGGAGAUUGGUCAUGACCAGCAGAUGACCCCUAAUGAUUUUGAGGUCAGUAGGUCAAAGUUCAAAGUCACAGUGACCCGGAACAGUUAAACGGUUUCCGGAUGAUAACUCAAGAAUGCUUGGGCCUAGGAUCAUGAAAGUUGAUAAGGAGGUUGGUCAUCACCAGCAGAUGACCCCUAUUGAUUUGGAGGUCAGUAGGUCAAAGGUCAAGGUCAUAUUGACCAGGAACAGUAAAACGGUUUCUGGACGAUAACUCAAGAACAAUUGGGCCUAGGAUCAUGAAACUUGAUAGGGAGGUUUGUCAUGACCAGUAGAUGACCCCUGUAGAUUUUGAGGUCAGUAGGCCAAAGGUCAAGGUCACAUUGACUCGGAACAGUUACACCCUUUCCGAACGAUAACUUGAGAACGCUUGGGCCUAGGAUCACGAAACUUAAUAAGGAGGUUGAUUAUGACCAGCAGGUGACCCCUGUUGAAUUUGAGGUCAAUAGAGCCUCAAUAUUUGGCAUAUGACAUCAUCUAUAAAGAGUGUUCAAAUUAUGCCCCUAGGAUGAAAAGAGGCCCUGUCCAGGGGGUCCCAAGUUUUACAUAGACUUAUAUAGGAAAAAAACGUAAAAAAUCUUCUUGUCUGAAACCAAAAGACCUAGGCCUUUGAUAUUUGGUAUGUAGCAUUGCCUUUUGGUUCCCUACUAAGAUUGUUCAAAUUAUGCCCCUGGGGUGAAAAGAGGCCCCGCCCCAGGGGUCUCAAGUUUUACAUAGACUUAAAUAGGAAAACAUUUUAAUAAUCUUCUUGUCUGAAACCAUAAGACCUAGGCCUUUGAUGUUUGGUAUGUAGCAUUGCCUUGUGGUUCUCUACCAAGAUUGUUCAAAUUAUUGCCCUGGGGUAAAAAGAGGCCCUGCCAGGGGGGUCCCUAGUUUUACAUAGACAUAUAUAGGAAUUUUUUUUUAAAAUCUUCUUGUCUGAAAUUGCUAGGCAUAGGCUUUUGAUAUUUGGUACGUUGCAUUGCCUAGUAGUCCUCUACCAAGAUUAUUCAAAUUAUGACCCCGAGUUGAAAAGAGGCCCCACCCAGGGGGUCCUAAGUGUUACAUAGACUUACAUAGGAAAAACUUUAAAAAUCUUUUUGCCUGAAACUGCCAGGCCUAUGCUUAUGAUAUUUGGUAUGUUGCAUUGCCUAGUGGUCUACUACCAAAAUUGUUCAAAUUAUGCCCCUGGGGUGCAAGAGGCCCUGCCCUGGGGGUCCCAAGUUUUACAUAGACUUAUGUAGGAAAAACUUUAAAAAUCUUCUUGUCUGAAAGUUCAAGGCCUAUGCCUUUGAUAUUUUGUAUGUAUCAUUGCCUAGUUGAUCUCUAACAAGAUUGUUCGAAUUAUGCCCCUGGGGUGAAAAGAGGCCCCACCCCCAGGGGUAACUUGAUAUAUGAGUUAUAUAGGAAAAAUAUUUCAAAAAUUAUCAGAUCAUAUUUCCUAGACUGUUUAAUUAUAUUUACCGGAUGACCCCAAGUGAUAAGGGGUCACCCGACUGUGACCUUGACCUACUUAGGUGAGUUUUUCUGAUCGCUCGAUGUCCGGCGUCCAUCGUCUGUCUGUCUGUCUGUUGUCUGUCUGUCAACAUUUAGCUUGUGUAUGCAAUAGAGGCUGUAUUUUUCAAGUGAUCGUUAUGAAAUUUGGUCAGAAUGAUUGCGUUGAUGAAAUCUAGGCCGAGUUCGAAAAUGUGUCAUCUGGGAUCAAAAACUAGUUCACUAGGUCAAAUCAAAGAAAAAUCUUGCGUAUGCGAUAGAGGCUGUAUUUUUCAAUUAAUCUUCAUGAAUUUUGGUCAAAAUAAUAACCUCACUAGGUCAAAUUAAAGGAAAACCUUGUGUAUGCGAUAGAGGCUGUAUUUUUCAACUGAUCUUCCUGAAAUUAAGUCAGAAUGAUUGCCUUGAUGAAAUCUAGGUAGAAUUUGAAUAUGGGUCAUCUGGGGUCAAAAAGUAGGUCACUAGGUCAAAUCAAAGAAAAACCUCGUGUAUGCGAUAGAGGCUGUAUUUUUCAACUGAUCUUAAUGAAAUUUUUUCAGAAUGAUAGCCUUGAUUAAAUCUAGGUCAAGUUCAAAUAUGGGUCAUCUGGGUUCAAAAACUAGGUCACUAGGUCAAAUCAAGGAAAAACCUUGUGUAUGCAAUAGGGGCUGCAUUUUACACUGGAUUUUCAUAAAAUUUGGUCAGAAUGAUAGCUUUGAUGAAAUCUAGGAUAAAUGCGAAUAUGGGUAGUCUAGGGUCAAAAGCUAGGUCACUAGGUCAAAUCAAAGAAAAACCUUGUGUAUGCGAUAGAGGCUGUAUUUUUCAAUUGAUCUUCAUGAAAUUUGGUCAGAAUGAUAGCCUUGAUAAAAUCUAGGUCAAGUUCGAAUAUGGGUCAUCUGGGGUCAAAAACUAGGUCACUAGGUCAAAUAAAAAUAAUACUUGUUUAUACUUAAGAUUUUUGCUCCGAUUUUAAUGAUAAUUGGUCAGAAUAUUUUUUUCCAUGAAAUCACUAGGUCAAACAUGUUUACACUGUUAUGGUGUGUUUCUCAGGUGAGCGACCUAGGGCCAUCUUGGCCCUCUUGUUUAAGAUACAGCCUUGAAAUUUGGAUGACAUGUACAGUUUUGCUAACCAAUCUUAAAACUGACUUUCAGUGACCAUGAAUAUAACCUACUGACCUACUUUCUUGUUUUUAUGCCCCCAGCAUCUACUGUCCGUCCGUCCGUUCGUUCGUCCGUCUGUACGAGGUUAACCAAAUGGGACCGUUUCGUCUAGCAUCAAUACCCCUUACUAGAUUGACUUGAUACUAAUGCAGAUGUAACCUGUGACCAUUCCUCAUCUUCAGACAUCACCUGACCUCAGUUUGACCUUGACCUUGACCUCAUUUUGGACUUAGGUU